AUGAUACAGCAUGUUGGGACCGGGAUCCCACCUGUGCUACACGAAUACUACCCACACAAUGUACAGGCGCAACACCAAUAUUCCGACCCAGCACACGUGCUACCUCUCCCCAAACCACAGUAUUACAACCGCUGUGUCAACAACGCUUCGUACCAACAUCCAGGGUCCUACCACAGCACUGCUGUGCCACAUCAGCAACCAACAAUAUUACCCCCACCGGGAAUGUCGUACACGGGCCAGAUGGGUCUGCCCGUACAGUUGCCACUACCAAGACAGCAAUCGCCUCUGGCGUUCUCACAACCAGUCGCAGCAGCGGCAGCAGCAGGUGCACCACCAACCGUGUUGGUGCAAGUACCAACGACAACAAUGCCAGCUACAUUCCCGAAUGAAAAAGUCAAUGGAGGUGUCUCGCAAGUGCUCGACUACAAUAUCGAUAUCAUGUCCGAGUACGUCGUCAAGAGUGCAUACAUCGCGUUCGGUCAAAAGUUCGACUUGGAGGGACCGCAGAGAGCCACGGAUCUGCUUUUCGUCAAGAGUAUCAAGUCCGUGCUGAACGCAACGAGGCUCCCCUCUGUUUCAAUAUUCUUAAGUCUGGACUUCCUGUUCAAGUAUCUACAGAAGGAUCCAGAGGCGUUUAGACACGGCGACGACCUGGACACAAUCAUGCAGGGCGCGUACCAGAAUGUCAUUCUCGGGUUCGUUCUUGCGAACAAAUUCAACGACGACAAAACGUUCACGAACAGCUCCUGGUCGCAAGCGUCCAGCUUGGAACUGAGCGUCAUCAACCAACUGGAGAGACACUGGCUCGAAGUGUUUGAGUGGGACCUCUACGAUGAUAGGUUCCAGUACUACGAGGAUUUUGCACACUCCUUCGACGUGUUCGUCCUAGAGAAGCAGCAGCAGCAACAGCAACAACAAAAGCAACAACAAUCUGCUUCACAGAGCUCAACACCAAUGCUCUCGGGGGCACCUUCCGAAAACAUACAGUUUUGUUCGUCGCCAAUAACACCAGUUUUCUCAUCGACUUUUGAUGAAACGUUCAACGUCGAAUGCAACAAUAACUACAGCCUUAUCAACAUCGUGGACUACCCUUAUUACAACGUGUCGUCUCCAGUCAUGGCUACAAUGAAGGACAACGACUUUAGCAACGUGAACGGGUUCAACUACGACUUCUACAAUUUUAGUUCUGCGUACGCCGCACCGGCGCCGGCACCUCCACUCCCAAGGGUCAUUCCAGCUCCGAUGCAACACCAGCAUGCCGCCCCGGCCCAGGCACCGGUAUCCGUACCGACGCUCCACUUCAACUACAACAACAAUCCUACAUGGAACAAUACAGACCUAACCAAUUUCCACGUCAGUUCAAUGAGAAACAACACUUCAUACUCUGCUGUUUGUUAA